CGCACGGCAGAGGUAGUCGCUUGUGUGCUCGCGAACUUGCCUCUUGAAUUGCUUCACUACCGAUUUCAAUUUGUGUUUAACAUUUGCGACUGCUGAUUCAUUUAUUAUAUUUAUUUUGCAUAAACGGCGAUAAAUUAAAAUUCUGUUGAGUACAUAUUGUUCGUCUUUCUAGCGUUAUACAUGUACCAGGUUUAGGUUGUGUGAAAGUGAAAGGAAUGAACAGCGCGACGACUCGUCAGCAUGCCGCUCAGCUGCCCUGCCCGCUCCAUGUCCCUCGAUGGCCUGCACCUCGUGCAUCAAGGGUCUGAUCCCCUGGAUGGCCUAAGCGCGAGCGCGGAGAGCCUGCGGUCGGGGCUGCCGCUGCUGACUCACCGCCGCAGCGCCGACGCCGGCACCGGCCGCCCUCUGGUGGCGGGCGCGCCCGGCAUUGUGGUCACACCACCGCCAUUACACACCGGAUCUCUCAAGGACAUCAGACGUAAAAAUGAAGUGUCGCGCGCGGCCUGGGAGGUGGCGAGCAGAUUCGAGCGUCGUAGCCACGCAGCUCGUCAGCUCGCGCUGCGCAACGCGGCCAUCCUGCACAUGCGCAAGAACUCCACUGCGCUUAAGGUGACCAUUUGGUGA